GGGGUGGAGCGGUGGGACGGGGCGGUGCGAUGCGAUGCGGGGCGGUGCGGCAGCUCCGGGAACAGCGGGACGCGUGCGGGGACACGUGAGGGAACACGUGAGGAGACACGUGCGGGGAUCCCCGGAAACGCCAGCUCCUGCCUGUGCCACGUGACCGGAAAGUGCGGCUAGCACCGCCCCCUCCCUGACCAAUUGGGUCUCACUUCCGCCAAGAUGGCGGCGUCCACGGAAGCGAGGCGUGUGAGCUGCGGGACCGGGAGCGGGGAGGAAGAGGAGGAGGACGACGACGAGGAUGAAGGGUCCGGCCAUGAGGACGCGGCUGAGUCCGGGCCGUUGGCCGCCGUGUUCCCCCGCGACCCCGAGCUUUUUUCCGACACCUUCCUGGAGCUGCGUCGGUUCCGGUUCUGCGGCCACGUCCUCCGCAUCGCGCAGCACCACGGGCCGCGGCUCGGGAUGGCGGCGGCCGUCUGGGAUGGGGUGAGGGGGGGGGGCGCCCUAAGGGGUGGGGGGGGCUGGAGUUGGG